AUGGCGCGUUCCAAGCUUCCUCUCCUCCUCGUCCUCGCCGUGGUCACCGCGGCGGUGUCGUCGGCGUGGCUCCCGUCGCCGGCCUCGGCGGCCAGCGAUGCCGCCGCCGGCGGCGAGUACUGCCGCGACUCCCUGAGCGGGCUGCUCGCGUGCAGGGACUUCAUGUUCGGCGGCGCGGCGGCCGCGUCGCCGGCGUGCUGCGCGGCGUACAGCGCGGCGUUCGACGCCGACCCGUUCUGCCUCUGCUACAUCGCCGACGGCGUCUACGGCCGCUCCACCGGCUACGACGUCAACGUCACCCACGCCCUCGAGAUCCCCGUCAGCUGCGGCCUCGCCACGCCGCCCAUCGAGCUCUGCAACACGCAAGGUCUGGUGCUUCCUCCCUACGAGCCGUCGUCGCCGCAGCAGCCUCCAUCAGCGGGGAAGCUAGCAGAGUCUCCGGCGGCCACGCCGGCGCAAUCUCCAACGGCGGCGCCUUCGCUGCCACAGCCAUGA